AUCAACCUGCAUUUGAGGAGACUUUACAAGAUCUUUUACAAGUAUCAUCUGUCUAAAACUUGUAUAUUUUUUUGUACAUAGUAUAACUUGAGAUUUUGGAGGACUACAAGACAAAGCACAGUAAUAAUGGGCCAUGAGGAUCAGAUAUUGUUAGAGCUUGAAGAUGGAGUGCUGCCCUUACCACAGGUGACAGUGUCAAAGAGAAAGGCUGGCUCUUCAAAGUCAAGCAUUUUGCAUGUGUGUGGGGCCCUCCUGGCUGUGGCCCUUUGUGCUGCUGCGGUCUGCUUUACAUUUAACAAGACACAGAACAAGGAGGAUGGCGGAAACUAUCUCAGACAUGCAUUGAGAUCGUCUCACCAUCAAGCAGAUAUCACUGCAAAGACCGCCAUCCACCUAAUCGGUGUACACAACAACACUGGGAAGACUAAUCUGCAGUGGAAAGACAACCAGGACCAGGCUUUCUCUGCAGGUGGCCUGAAAUUAGUAAAUAAUGAGAUCAUCAUUCCUCAUGAUGGCAUAUACUUCGUCUAUAGCCAGGUGUUUUUCAACGUCCAUUGCACAUCUGAUCCUGAUAACCCUGAAGACCAUGAAAUUGUGCAUUUGAGCCACACAGUGUUGCGCUAUUCUGACUCAUAUGGACGCUACAAAGCACUUCUCAGCGCUGUCCGAUCCGCCUGUGUCCAGAUGCCUGACAGUGACAAGUUGUUGUACAACACAAUAUAUCUUGGUGCUGCAUUUCGUUUGAAGAGCAACGACCGUUUGCGCACUACAAUGAGCGAAAAUCUCUUACCCCACAUCGAAACUGAGCAUGGCAAGACCUACUUUGGUGCUUUUGCACUAUGAACUUUUCUGAAUGUGAAACCAAACUUGAGGAAAGGUUGAAGCAAGCCAAAGAAAUGGCACCCUACAGGGAGGAUAGCAAUAUGUUGAUCUUCUACUACAACAACACAAGAAAUGAAGGGAUGUUCCUGUUGGAAAAAAAAACAAAAAAAAAAACAGAGAAAACCAGCCUAAGCUGUCUGGCUGCCUGGUCUCCCAGUCUAGUUAGGCUAGUCAGUUGCCUGGUUUUAGAGGGGUUUUGAGCACUUUAAGCUGGUCACAGGUUGGGAGACUAAAUCCAGCAUCGACCAUCUUUAACCAGCUAAGCGUUAAGGUGGUGUUUUUUCCAGCAGGGGUGCUGGUUCAUUUGACCUUCAGUCAAUGUUUUAUAUUAAAACGUAGGUAAAAAACGAUUCUAUGAAGCUUGAUGAUGAGUCCACAAGUUUCUGAGGAAUCUAGAUAAGAAUAUUGCUGGUUUUACCUGGAAAAAGAUACAUAGGCACUUUGCAGUCUAGUGUGCUUUUUGUGGUUAGAAUUAGUAAUAAGGCUGCUCUAUGUCUAUGAAUUAUGGAUUGAUGCAAUCCAAACUAUUUAUAGAAUUUGUAUUUAUACUUAUUUAAUGAACUUGAAAUAAUGUUAAUAUUAAGUGUAUAUAUUUAAUGUAUUUAUUGAAUGUCAUCUCAAACCACUAUGCACUGCUACUGUAAUGAAACUCAAACAUAUAAUAAAUCUAAUAGAAAAUUAAGUCUGCAAUCUCAUAUGAAAACAAUUUAAUUAAAUCUUGGUACUCAGUUUACAAUAAGUUUUCACUGCAAAUCCCACCUUUAAAAAAAAAAAGAAAAAGAAAAAGAUUGUAAUAAAUCUGCUAAUUAUAAUAUAACCUUUUUUGACAAUAGUAUAGAGGAACUUUAAAACUAAGGUAUUUGGUGGUUAUAUCUUGAAUUUAACAAUUAAAAAAUGCAACAGAGGUGUCACGUAACAGUCCUGGAUCUCUUCAUGUCCCAGUCCAGGGGUUUUCAGACUGGAACGCAAAGGGACAGCAAAAAAAUUUAUAUAGAGAAAAAAUAUAAAAAAAUACAAAAUUUAAUUUUUGGGCUGUAAAAGUUAACAAGUUGACUAAAUAAUUUCCCUUAUUGCGAUUGGCUGGUUGUCUUGUAAUGAAACUGACACUCAUGUGACAAAUAGGCCCACUUAAAUAAAAAUCAAACAAAAAGAACAA